AUGAAACCUUCAGAAGGCGUCAUCAUUGAAGAUAUGGGAGUAAAAUUUGAAUGUAAUGGUGUAGAUAAUGGUAAAUUGUGGUUCAAAAACGUACGAGUUCCGGUACAAAAUAUUUUAAACAGAUUUUCUGACAUUGAUGAAAAUAAUAAAUUUUCAAGUGAUGUCAAUAAUCGUCGCGCACGAUUUUUGAAAGUUGCGGAUCAACUUCUUUCCGGUAGAUUGGCUAUUGCAUCGUUGAAUUUGGGUGGAACUAAAACUUGCUUAUCUAUUGCAUUCCGAUAUGCAAGUUCUCGAUUAGCUGUUGGACCAAAUGGAAAGAGUGAUACACCAAUCCUUGCCUAUCAACUUCAACAACGCGCAUUGCUACCUUUAUUAGCAACAACUAUCGCAUUAAAUAUUGGCUUGAAUUAUUGUAAAGUCAGAUGGACUGAACAGACGGAAAAAGAUGUUUCUGAAAUAGUUAGGUUGUGUUGUGUUAUAAAACCUUUGGUAACUUGGAACUUUGAACGCGUUGCAUCUGUUUGUCGGGAACGUUGUGGUGGACAAGGAUAUUUGAGCAUCAAUAGGUUUGGAAGCUUCAUUGGAUUUUCACACGCAGGAUGCUCAGCUGAGGGUGAUAACAGUGUUCUUAUGCAAAAAGUUUCCAAAGAAUUGCUCGCGGAUAUACAAUCUGGUUCUGUAAAGUUACCUAUUGUACCAGAUGCAAGUAAUGCUCUGUCAUGGGAGAUUUCUAAUUUACAUAGCCAACUAAGUUUAUUUAGACUUAGAGAACAAUUUUUGGUUAAUGAAUUGGGAGCGAAUAUGAGCAAAAAAACUUCUUUGGGUAUUUCAAUCUUUGAAGCUUGGAUGAAGCAAGAAUCUGAUACCAUUCAAGCCUUGGCUAAGGCACAUGGUGAAAGAAUUGUUCUUGAACAAGUAAUCGAUUCUAUUCAAAAAUUAUCAGGCAAUCCAUCAAAAAUACUUACUACCAUUGCCCAUCUAUAUGCUCUUACUCAAAUUGAUGCAAACCUUGCGUGGUAUAUGACCAAUAAUUUAAUUUCAAUACCGGCUGCUGCAACUGUACAACCACUAAUUCGAGAGAUCAUUAAGGAAGUAGCUCCCUAUAGCAUGCAACUUGUUGAUGCUUUAGGAGUUGAUACACGUAUACUUUAUGCUCCCAUUGCGAACGAUUGGGCAAAGUUUAAUGAAACUGACAAUCAAGGUGAAUUAGUAAAGGAUAUCUCGGUGGGAAUGAAGGCCAAAUUAUAA